ACAACCUCUCACUGGCUGUUGUCUGGUGUUUGCAGCUGCAAUUGCCUUCUGACAUGAUCAUUCUCUCGCGCCACUCGACUUCCCCAUCAUGCGUCAGGACAAGUCUUUGGUUCUUGACCAUUCUUGCAACCUUGGUACACCUCAUGCUGUCGCUACAAGCUCUUGAGCACUUGUCGAGUGCAUCUGCAGAGGCUGUCCGUCGCAAAGUCAACCCUCCCGUCGAAUCUGAAUACCAUCUCGCUCCUAUCACCAAAGAAGAGCUCCACACAUGGUUCGGGAGCGAGAAUGUGUUCCCUGCUAAAGAGUCACCUUCACGCAAACUUAUCUGUUACGAUGCAACAUUUUCCUUUCUCGGAUUGCGAAAUUCUGAGUCGAGAACAAAGCUUCCUCAAGAUUUAGGGCCGAUAAAGGAAGAGAAGAAUUGCAAAGCCUUCUGUAAUGCGCAGCUGGAGAACCAUGCAAGAAGGAUUGGUGAUCUGUUCCAUCCUGGCCGUAUUUCUAGCUCGUCAUGUCUGAGGAGUGGGGCUUUUGAGCUCCGAAGCAGAGCUGUCGUCAUUCAUGCACCAGGAGCUCUCUGUAACGACUUUUUUGCAGACAAUCAGCGUCAAUGUCCUUAUGCGAAAUCAACAUGUGCUUGUGAAUUCACUGUUUACGCCCCGGCUGUCCAAAUGACAAGAGUCAAAGCAAAAGUUACCGAGGAAGCGCCUAACGGCCAGUAUUACAUCUCGCCAAGGGUAAGUCUUCAAGAAUUACAAAGCCAUGGCAUACCAGCGAACAAUUGUUUUCCCCGCCCACCUUUCGGAAAGUGUGGCAUUGAGAACAUCGCAGCGUCAGUAAACCCGGUAAGCGAGACCUCCAGUUGGGAGCUUCGAGAGUUCAAGGUCGUCGAAGAGAAUUUCGAUUGCUCAAGAGAGGCUAAGAUAAAUCGGUGGCGUCAGCAGAAGGAGACUUGCGAUUGUUCCAGAAAAAAUGCAAAGCACGGUCCCCUGCAAUGCAAAUCUCACAAUGAGGUAAGUGUGAAGAGAGUGUCCUGCCAAUUCCAAUCACAAAACUCCCCUCACAGACAAGAUGUUGGCUCGUCGCAUCAGCAGCCGAAUGAAGCCUAUGCAACCUCGGCGCAUGAUUAUUCUCAGCCACUCAACACCACGAUGGAUUUGGAUGUGGCAAACUUUGAUGCGUGCAUUGCAGCCUUUCAAGCUGAGUUUUCAAAUGAGCCUCCUCCGGGACAAGAGUCAUCCUCGAGACAGGGAGAAGGAGUCUGUCCAGUCAACUCUAUGCAAUGCCAGCCACUUCAGUUUGCUGAGCACGAGCGAAAUCCUGUCACAUUCUUUCCUUUCAAUCAGCAUCCGUGGAUGUGGUCUGCAUACAAGGAUGAUCAGCAAGUGCAGCAAUUCUACUCCGACCACUAUACUCAAGUUGAUCCAAACAACCCAGUUGCUGAGUCAUCGAACGGGCAAUUUUUUGGAUCAUCCCAAUUGCACCAUCAAGCCCCAGGGACAAGCCAAUGGCAGAAUCCAGGGUCAGGCGAGUGGCAAAACGAAGAGCAGCCAGGGCAGACCCAAUGGCAAGAACAAGGCCAGUGCCAGUGGCAAGAUCAAGAGCAAAAUCAAGGGCAAGAUCAAGGCCAAAACCCAUUGUUCAAUGACUGGCCCUGGCCUUCGUUUUGACAAGCUUCAGGCGCUCAAAGAGAAGCAAGAUGCCGACAUGACCAGAACUGACCUCAUUACGGCAAGCUUUGUUCCUCAACACGACUUUAGAAGCCUAUCACCCAUAGAUCUUAGCUUUGAUAGCACUGCAAUUGUGAUGUCGA